CGGAGAUGAAACUAGCAAGCUAGCUAACUUAGCUAUUUUGCAAGCGACUGAAGUUGACAUAACGAAAAAAAUUGUUAAGAUGGAGGUGUUGUCACAGAAUGACACAGAUUAUCGGGAUCUGAGGGACCAAGUCGAAGAAGAGGAUGGGAGGGGAGACCAACAGGAGCUGGAGGACAACAUGCCCAACAUCAACACAGCCCCCUCAUUGUGGCCCCCGCCAGAGGUUGGAGUAGAACUAGAGAUGUCAGAUUACCCCGCCUCCUACAAGGAGAACUCGCCACAGGAGAACCAGUUGCUAGACAUGGCUGAAAACUUCCGCUGCCAGUACUUCCACCUGUACCCAGAACGCAAACCCCUACUGCUGUGCCCAUUUAAUGAGUGUGGGGUCAAGAAGUUUGUGAGUACGACACUUCGGCCCACACUGCUCUCCUACCCAGAGCUGUACAGCUGGGAUGGGUGUGCCAGCUUAGUGUCUGACUUCUUGUGUCUAGAACCACUUGACCCUCCCUGUGACCUGUCCAGACAGCUCUUCUCCCCCACCUGGGUGCUGCAAACUCAGAGGGGCAACUGCUUUGAUUUCUCCACUCUGCUGUGCUCCCUCUUGCUGGGUGCAGGCUAUAACGCCUACUGCGUCAGCGGCUAUGCUGUUAAGGACAUGUGCCUGCGCAACCAGUGCCGUCAAGAUUGCCCUCUGAAAGUCAGAGAGGAGAAGGUAAAAGUAGAGGAGCCAAAGAGGCCUAUAAAGAAGUACACGGUGAAGCCGCCGCGGGACCUACGCAGUGGCUUCCAAAAGCAGCAGGAGGCCCGGCGGCAGGCCGCCACACAGGCCGUCAUCCAGAAGAGACAGGAGGAGGAAGAGAAACUAGAAGCAGAGCGUGAGCGGCCUCCCCCAGACCCCCUGCUGGGCCAGCGGGUGCACAGCUGGGUGCUGGUUUUGUCAGGCAGCCGGGACGUUCCGGAGAACUUCUUCAUUGACCCACUCACGGGGAGGAGCUUCUCCACCAGCGACUCCUCGUUCCUUGGCAUAGAGAGUGUCUGGAACCAUCAGAACUACUGGGUCAACAUGCAAAGCUGCCGCUUUGGCUGUGCGGAGAUGACCUUUGACCUGUUUGAUACGGUGAGAUGGGAGUGCCUGCUGUCAGGUUCCGCAGUGGAGCUCCAGCUGCUCAUCUCUGACUUGAAGAUAAAGCAAGAGACUGAGGAGCACGAAGAAGAAGAAGAGGAGGAGCCCAAGGACUUUGAGAUGCCUCCAUCUUGGGUGAAAGCAAUCCAGAUCUCACGACAAGAUAUGGAGACACGCUGCCCUGGGGGGAAGAAGGCGAUCCAGUACCGGAAGGCUAAGCUGGAGAAGUUUGCCCCCUACACACAGCUGGAUGGACUUAUCACACGCCUGACCACCUUCACUGACCUUGAAUGCAAGCAGCCCAACGCAAAGCGGGAGUGGUAUCAGAACAGACAGGACCACCUGGAGGAACGCGAAGUGGACAUAGUCAGCAGUGUGACUCUGGAGAAGUUCCGUCCCGGGCGAAGCCAUGCGUUGAAGACCCACAGGUAUGUGACGCUGGUUCCGGAAACAGAGCGUGAGAUGGAGUUCUACAGCAACGCCCGGGUGGACGGGCUGGCCAAGCGAGAGGAGCAGCCCUUGGAGAUGACAGAGAGCUUCGAGGACCGUUCGGACUUCCUGUACUACCGCCACGUGGUGUUUAACGAGCGCACUGAAGAACAAAAUCCUGCCAAGGUUCACGAUGCAGAUCACCGCCCCAUACAGAAGGUUGUGGAGAGGUUCCACAGAGACCGGUCAAAGCCAGCCAGCGAGGAUGUGGCAGAGCGGGUCUUCUUAGUGUCUGAGAAUCGCAUCCACCUGACGUACCACCGAGAAGAUGACCGAAUUGUCCCUGGCUGGCGCAGCUUCAUCAAGCCCUUGGACGUAGGGGACUCGCAGAACCAGCAUUCCUUCACUCCUGAUAUGGUCUCCACUUUCCAGGUUGACCCAUUUCAGAAGCCCUGCAAAAACCUGUUUCUGUAUGAAAUGUUGGUCUCUCUGAUGGAGGAGGAGGAGAAAGUGAUGCUCCGAGUGAAGGAGUCUGAAACAGAGGUGCGCACGAUUCUUAAUCUACGGGCUCAGGAAGAGAGCAAUAUUGAGCUACAGAUCUGCAUCUACAACACAGCCAGGAAUGAGAAAGCACGCCUCCACCGGGAGGCGCUGGAACGUAUGGCUAAUGAGGAGCGCCUGCGACAGGAGGAGGAGGAGUUGGACUUCCUGGCACCGUUCCUGGCCCGGCUGAACAGUUCGGAGAUUCUGACCCACGAGCUUGCAGUUCAGCUGCGGAACAACUGUUUGGCUACCCUUAAGCAGCAGCUCAUUGAUGAGGCCAACCUGAUCCAGGCCCGCUUUGAGAUGGAGACCCAAAAGUUGGAGCAGAAGCAGCAGUGGUACCAGAGGAAUCAGCUGUCCAUGACUAGGGAGGAUGAGGAAGAAUACCUGACCUUCUGCUCUGAUGCAAUGUUCAAAAUCCAUGUCCUGAAACUGCGCCUCAGCAGGCAAAAGGAAGAGGCCCCACAGAAAUACCUGGCUUUGGACAAGAAACUUAGACAUGACCCCAGACUGGUUAAUCUCCUGUGAUGACACCUGAACCCUGUCUGAUUCACCUCCAUCAUCUGCUUUCACACCACCUGACUCACCUCCAUCCACCAAACCCAACUGACCCACCCACUCCACCUGACAUGCUCCCCAUCACGUGACACACCUGUGCCACCUGACACUUCCAUGAUUUCAUCACCUAACACACCUUGCAUUUGCUAUUACCUUGGUAACCUCAAGAAUACCUUCUCACCUUCACACCUCCUGUUGUGUCACCAACACUGGACUUGGACAACAGUUGGAAACAGCUACUGGACUCACAUUAAACA